GGUGGGAGGAUCAGGGGAAACCAGGGACGUGAGCAACUCCCAGCCCCGACUCCAGACUGCCCAGUUGAGUUUCAAUGGGUGGAAAAGGCACUCGGGCAUCUCCGUUCUCCUUGGGCAGGCGGGCAGACACAGGGCUCGACUGGGUGCUUGGAGUCGUUCCAGGUCCUGGCAGGAUUCCCCCCUCCCCCCACCCCCUCGGGAGUUUCACUGGGAAGUGUUUCUUUUUUAACUCUUGCUGGGCUUGGAGUCUCCGAGGGGAGUGAAUGGGCUCGCCAUUUCCGUGUGGAGAACGUCUCCGUUCAGACUGCCCUUGGCGGGGAAGAGCUCCUGGAAAGUUGCAGAUUGGCGGCGGCGGCGGUGGUGGUGGAGGAGGAGGAGGAGGAAGAAUGCGCGGGUGCCCUUCAAAUCCCGCAGAGUGCUAUGUCCCGGCCCCAGCCCCACCCCCUCACCUACCCUCGGAGGCCUCCUCUUAGUCAAUGGUUAACUUAUUACUUAUGGCCAGCAAUACGUAAGAAGAGCUGGUGCCUAGGCUUGAGGGGGUGUGGAUGGGAUAAAGAUCGAGCCACUCAGCUGGGUGGGACAGAAGCUGGAUCGGCCCUGCUGGAGCCUCUUGGCGGGGUGUGGGUCCUUUUCCGAGUCAUUUCUUCCAUGAAGCCGGGGCUUUUGGGUAUGUGAUUUGUGUGGCAUUCUUGGCUCGCUGGAGGGAGUGCUAGCAGGUUGGUGAGGACACCUUGCUCUUUAUCUCUGGGUCUCCUUGGAACAUUCUGCACCAGGGAAUCAUGGCAGAUGUUGGCUGGUGGAAGCUGACCUUUUUGCGCAAAAAAAAGUCAACUCCCAAGGUGUUGUAUGAGAGCCCGGACACUUAUGCCCACCUGGAUGGAGGUACUGAGCCCACCCGACCUGACGGAGAGAGUUCUAACAGUGACUUUAAUGCUCGGUUAGAGAAAAUUGUGGACAAGAACACCAAGGGCAAACAUGUCAAGGUUUCCAAUUCUGGCCGAUUUAAGGAGAAGAAAAAGGUUCGAGCCACUCUGGCAGAAAACCCUAGCCUCUUUGAUGAUGGACACGGGAAAGGACAGUGAAGGAUCAGAAGGGGGAUACUAGGUACCUCCCUCUUUCCUACCAUCAGCUGGAUUCUGAAAAGGAAAACUGUCACUCCAGCCUUUCUGCCUCCAGCCUAGGCUCUGCAGGGUGUCCUCUGCUGGCCUCCAUGCCUGUGGGCAAGGAAAUGUCUCUAUUAUUUAUAGAUGCACAACUCUAUACUAGGCAAAGGUUGGCCCUGGGAGGACUGGGCCUGUCCUCACCCCCAUAUGUAGGGUCCUCCUCAGUUCAAGGAUUGUCUCUGGAAAGAGAGGGCCAAUCCUCAUUAUAGCUUUAGGCAGUGCCUACUGAGAGGGAGGGAUGGGUGAAGUGCCACUCCUAUUCCACAGGAACAAGGAUUAGGGUCAAGUCUGAAUUGCUGCUCCCUCCUCCACUUUCACCCAAAGCCUUUUUCCUGUGGGAAUUUUUUUCUACAUGGAGUGAAGAUGUAGUUUUUCUCCAACAGUCAGGGGAGUAGAGUUUCAGCCCUUUACUUCACCUCCUUUCGUACUUUCUGGAACUUUGCCAUAAACAGCCAGAAGAGGGUCUCUUAGGUUUCCAUUUAAGACCCCCAAAGAAACAGAUUGGUAAAGUUCCUGUCAGGGAUAUUGUCUUCUAGAGACAGUGACAAAGGGGGAGCUACACAGCUCCAAAGGAUUCCUGCUCAGGGAAACCAAGAUGCCCCCACCCAUCGACUCUCCCUACCAGAAUAUAUAGAUGACAAAAGCCCUUGAAUGACAUCUUGGGCCUUGAAUUUUUUGUUUUUAUAGUUUGAUCAUAAAUUUCUUUUUGGAAAUAAACAUGCCUUGAAACUUGAAAA